ACAGUAGAUAAACUCGUCCCGACUGACUUUUUCGGGUUCGCGACAUCAAGCAUGAGCAUCUUCGAUGAUAAAGGGCGCCUCCUAAAGCUUACCUGGUACACAUGCAUGGCAGUCUCCGUGGCGUACGUUAUCGCCGCCCUCGUUCUUGCCUCGCGGCUUUCCAAAAGCGAAACCCCUGUCGCCACACAACCCACCGCCUUCGCUGCGAUCUGGUCUAUGCUGGUUUUGCUGGCUAUUCUGAUCGGUGGCACAUUGGUAUUCAACAGAGUCCAAACUCCCGUCGCGACAGGCGUGCUGCUUGGUUGCACUGCCAUGUUCUCACAGAUUGAGCUCAUGCUCUUCACCAUCUUCGAGGCGCACAGCCGAGACGCCGUCACCGCCAGCGAGAAGAGCGCGGGACAGGCCACCGCCACGUUUGCCUUCUUCCUUGCUGUCAUUUUCGGUGUCUUCUCCAUCUUCCUUCUCAUGUGGAGGCAGUACCUCCAUGUUGGCUCUAGCCAGUCUUCAAUGGACAGCUAUGCAUGAGACGGUACUCUCAGUAUGCGGUAGGCACAUUCUUGUGGUCGUGGGAGAAUGUGGAGCAAGACUCGCAUGGAUCGACUUGAGGCUUGAGCUUCAUAAAUGUGACGGAGGGCAAGGAAAACUUAAGAAGAGCGUCCUCUGCGGGCGAGAGAAGGCAGCGGUAUUGAAGUAAUUGUUCGUUCUCAAAGGUGAUUCAAACUUGUUCAUUAUGAUCAAUCUCUGCGUGUUGAAGGGGUCAGGGUGAAAACUUUUACCUCUCGAAGACGCGCCCCUCCUCGCUUUCAGCGUCCGCCUCAACAUACCCUGUCUUGAGAUAUCCUACGGCAAAGGGAUGUGGCUUGCCUUGUGGUCUCGGUGUCCUGCCUAAGCAUCUGCACGGAGGUCUUCUCCUGGUUAUUUAAAAGAAAGAAGGUAACCACUCAUACCUUGCCAAUCGAGUUCGAACGAGGGUAGACAAAAGAUGAAAUAUGAUGCGCGCAGCUCGCAGUUGCGA